AUGAGUAGCGUAGCAACGCACAAUUCCCCGCGAACGUGGUUUCUGACAUCCUCUCUUUCGCCCCUGGUGGUGCGUCUGAUCAGGCAAUUGCUUAGCCACGGUGACUACGUCGUCGCUUGUCUACCUCCGCACGAGAUCGAGCAUGAAGAUCGCAGUGCUGAAUUUCGUGAGCUCGUUAACGAAUGCAAGAGCAGUCGGAAAGAUAGAGAAGGGUGGAAGGACCGUAUCAGGAGCAUACGCUGCGAUGGCCGUAUCAUGAGUCAGUGCGGUGCUGCCGUGGCCGAGGCGAAGCAUGUCUUUGGCCGGAUUGACAUACUACUGUGCUGCACGUCUGAAGCUGUCGUCGGGACAGUCGAAGAGCUGUCUACAUCGCUAGCGACACAGAAUCUCGUCCGCGACCAAUUCGAGACUAUCUUCUUCUCUCAAGUGAACUUCAUCAAAGCCGCUCUUCCAAUGCUACGCGCCGAACAUACUGGCCACAUCAUCAUUCUUACGAGCAUUGGCGGACACAUUGGCACCCCGGGCAUGUCAAUGUACACGGCGGCAACGUGGGCGCUCGAGGGGUUUUGUGAUUCGCUUGCUUAUGAGGUGGCGCCCUUCAACAUCAAAGUCACCAUUGUGCAGCCACACAAAGAAAUUCAGACAUUGACUAAUAAGAUCAUCUUCUCACCCUCGCUGCCGUGCUACGAUAGUGAAAACAACCCGGCGCCAAGCGUGCGGGAUAUGUUGACGAACAUGCUGAAUCUAAAUCCGGACACGAGUAUUGAGCAGUCGGCGACAGAUAUCUUGCACAGGUAUCCGAAGCUACCUAAUUCUUCUACCGACCGCCUGGUCGCGGAAACGGUACAUGCGCUGACGGCUAUUGGUGGUCAUGAAAACCCGCCGGCCCGACACAUCGUCGGGUUCGAGGGCGCCGAAGCGGUCAAGGAGAAGUUGAAAACAGUAACAGAAGAAUUAGAGGAUUUCGUCGAGGCCAGUGUAGCUGUUGACAUCUUUGAGAGCGAGUUGAAAAACGAGGCUAGGGAGGGCAAAUCUAAGGCCGAAGAUUAUUCUGGUAUGCUACGAAAUUCUAUAGCCCCUUGA